AUGGCUCAUUUAGUAACAUGUGGUGGGAAGUCUACUUUGGCCGACCGUUUGCAGCAACAGUUCGAACACUGUGUUAUCAUAAGUCAGGAUCAAUUCUUUAGAGCCGAUGACGACCCCAACCAUGAAUGGAUUGACGUGAGCCCUACUAUCAGACACCAGAAUUGGGAGAGUAUGGCGAGUAUGGAUUGGGAGGCCUUUGCGCGAGCCAUCGAUGUCGUGUUGAGCAAAGAGCCGCCCAACCACUCGGCCCUUCUCAUCAUCGAAGGCCAUAUGAUUUACAAUUAUAAGCCCAUUUGUGACUUGUGUGACAAGAAGUUCUUCAUCACUCUCGAGAAGGACGAGUGUUUCGCACGAAGGGAUGGUCGCACUUAUUUACCGCCCGAUCCCAUCGGAUAUUUUGACGCCUGGGUUUGGCCCUUGUAUUUGCAGAAUAUGGAGCACAUGAAGAGCAUCCAAAAUGAUAUCCCAAUUGACUAUUAG